CAUAGAGUAACAAUGGAUUUAUCAAAACCAAUGUGAGUCAGUUCAGUUUUUUUAAAUUAAUACCCAUGGAUUUCAGGAACACGCCCGUUUAACAAUGAGAGGAAUGUAAGAUAAUGGGCUGCCAGAACAGAAUAUAAAUAAAGCUUUUGUGCAUGAUCCCCGGAAGCAUUAGCAGUCCUGUAAUCGGCUCCUUGUGCAUACUGUAUUACCGCUAUUCAGCAGCACGUCCCUCCCUGGCUGUAAAGAUCACCUGAUUAUGGCAGUUCUCUUUUAUAACAGGGGCACCCCUUGCUCGGCGAGCGAGAAAUGAAACCGAAACUGCAGGGAUCUACCUUCUCUCUGCGCUCUCAGCUCUGCAUUCAGAGUUACGGAUCGGCUCUAGGCACAUUACAGAAGUCUUAGGUCUUAAAACAACAGGCCACAAUGUCUCAGGAAGCAAGAGAGGAAGACACUAUUGAAUCGCAAGAUGUGGCUUAUUCUAAACUCCCCCUUCCCAUUAUAAAGAGAGCCACAUUGCAAGUACAUCAUCAAGUGAAAGAGGUGUUAAAAGAAGAUGAAGAGGAAAAGAGCCGAGUGAUAAAACAACUCAGAUGCCUUCAGCAACAAGUAUGGGACAACUUCGAAGACUAUGAAAAGAAACUAAUAACCAAAAAUCAAGACACGGAAACAGACUCACAGUUAUUAAGUGAAUACUUCCAGGAUAUGUAUCACGUUCUGCGGAAGGAAACAGAGAUUUCGUUCAAGUCUUUUGAAAAUCUGGAGGCCAAAAUCCCAGGACUUGCACCGGCAGUCACACAACUGCUGAAUGAGGUUACUAUCAAGAAGCCAAAAAGGAAACAAUUACCCGCAAUAAGGGAGAGGGCAGCGCUAUUCAGUGCUCAGUUAAAAGAAAUGGAGACAAUGAAGGGUUUGCUAGAAGGGUAUAGUUCUCCGCUUCAGAUCCAUGAGUGGAGAGGGUUAAGGCAUGUCAUGAAACCAGUGCCAGAUCCAUUACAGUUUGACCCACAGAGUGCCAACCCUUCUUUGAUCCUAUCUACAGAUCUAAGGCAAGUGAAAUUACAACUUGUUGGAGUGAGAAAAUACAGAACUGAUUGUUUUGAACCAGGGCUGUUUGUACUGGCAGUGCCUGGAUUUAAGUCUGGCAUGCAUUACUGGGAGGUGGAUGUGGGCUGCAAGAGUAACUGGAUAAUGGGUGCUGUGAAGGGGUCAGUGAAACGAAAGGGAGAAUGCAAACUGAGCCCAAAUAAUGGCUACUUUGUCCUGCGUAAGCAGCAAGAUAGGGAAUAUUAUGGCACUGCUUCGUCGCCUUUGACUCUGAAGACUUGCCACAUUCGAAUCGGUGUCUGUUUGGACUUAUUCAUGGGUCGUUUGGCAUUCUACAAUGCUGACACCACAGACUUGAUCUAUGAGCUUCACUGCCCCCUAGAGGAAGAACUGUUUGCUGUGUUUUGCCCCGGGGUGCCCACGAGAGUUGAAGACUGGUGUGCAAUGAAACUGUGUCCUUAAAGGAAUACUAUAAUACCCCUAGAAUGAACACUAAAUCAGCAGGCAGAACUCUGCCCAUUCAUUGGCUGA